AGUGACUGAAGAGUGGCAGCUUAUCGCUCGGUUAGAGCUUCAUUAAUGCUGCUCCCAAGUCCGCUUCACUACAGAAAAUGGUCGUGUAAACAGAUGAUCGGCAAGACAGGUUUGACGCAUUUCUCGGGAUAUAAUCCAGCCCUGAAAGCAUUAUUUAAUCGACGAGUGUCUGUGAUAUUGGAGUUAUUGUUUGUGUUUAUCGAGAAGUAAACGAAACAUACGGGUCCCUCAGAGGAAGCUCAGCUAACCUGUUAGCAUACCACUGUUAGCAGCAAAAGUAGACGUGCUGUUCCAGUUUCAACAUCCAACUACUCUAUCUGACCCUGUUUUCAUUUCCAAACCUCGGUGACUGUUAUGAAACCGAGAAAUCAGUUGGUCUGUAAUGUUACACGUGUGCGUUAGUAAGUUGGCGCAUUUGGUUGGGUUUCCAGUGGAGUUGCAGGAGGCCUGAGUCACAUCUGGAGGACAAACAGAAUCCUAAACACACUUUCUCAGCCUGACAUGCGUAUCUAAUCUCUCAUUAUUUGCUUUAGAUGACAACCAGAUGUGUCAAAUGCUUGGAAAAUCGUAUUGUUUGUUUGUAAAGUCAGUCAUGACAUGGUAGAGGCAAAGGCUACGUUGUCUUGCAACAUCCUUUCAAAAUACAGCAAAGUUUUACCGGAUAUCUAAAGAUCAGUCCGGUUCUGUAGACGUGAGACUAUCAACGGUAUGUGCUAAUGUUGUGUGACCGGCCUGCAUAUCUGGAUUUGCAUACAUUGACAUUCCCCUUAUAAAGUUACUGUACUGCGACCACCAUGUCCGACAACCAGGGCAAUCUAAACAACAACGUCCCGCUAAACAACAAUAAUGGAGGACCGAACCGGAUCAGAAACCCACCAAUGAACCAGAACCCCCUGAUCAAUGUGAGAGACAGACUCUUUCAUGCCUUGUUUUUUAAGAUGGCAGUUACAUAUGCCAGGCUGUUCCCACCAUCCUUCAGACGAAUAUUUGAGUUCCUGGUCUUAUUAAAGGCGUUGUUCAUGCUUUUCAUCCUGGCCUACAUCCACAUUGCAUUCUCACGCUCGCCAAUCAACUGUCUGGAGCACGUGAGGGAGAAAUGGCCCCGCGACGGGAUCCUGCGCGUGGAGAUCCAGCGUAACUCCAGCCGUGCACCCAUUUUCCUGCAAUUCUACGAGACCGAGGGAAUCCAGGGGUUGGUGAAGGAAUCGGAGGAGGAUGGAGGCGAAUCCGGAGAGUUUGUGCUUCAGACCGAUGCGGAAGAGGAGGAGAUGACGGUGGAGAUGUUCGACAACAGCACAGUACGGUUUGAGCUGGACAUCGAGCCGCGUCUGAAUCCGUCGGUGAGCGGCGGGGUUCCAGGCUCCAGCUUGAAUGAAUCGCAGGAUCUGUCCUUCAGCCAGGCCUCUUCUAAAGUGUGGCCGCAGGAGGAGUAUAUCGUGGAAUAUUCUCUGGAAUACGGUUUCCUCCGGCUGUCUCAGGCCACACGCCAGCGUCUUAACAUCCCGGUCAUGGUUGUGACUCUGGACCCCAUGAAAGAUGAGUGCUUUGGAGAUGGUUUCAGUCGCUUUCUCCUGGAUGAAUGUCUGGGUUAUGAUGACAUCCUGAUGUCCAGUGUAAAAGCUUUAGCAGAGAAUGAAGAAAACAAAGGGUUUCUGAGGAACGUGGUUUCUGGAGAACACUAUCGUUUUGUCAGUAUGUGGAUGGCUCGUACCUCCUACCUGGCAGCCUUCGUGAUCAUGGUUAUAUUUACACUGUCCGUGUCUAUGCUGCUGCGGUAUUCGCACCACCAGAUUUUUGUCUUUAUAGGUGAGUUCCCAUCAGCCUCUCUCAACUUGUACCUUCACUUUUGCAUCAUUCAGUCUGAAACACCUGGUAUCUCCUUAAAGACAUCUCUCUCUCUCUUUCUAAUCUUCUCAGUGGACCUUCUCCAGAUGCUGGAGAUGAAUAUGACCAUUGCCUUCCCUGCCGCUCCUCUCCUCACUGUCAUCCUGGCUCUAGUGGGGAUGGAGGCCAUCAUGUCCGAGUUUUUCAACGACACAACCACUGCCUUCUACAUUAUACUCAUUGUUUGGUUAGCCGACCAAUACGAUGCCAUCUGCUGCCACACAAACACAAGUAAACGGCAUUGGCUCAGAUUCUUUUAUCUGUAUCACUUUGCCUUCUAUGCGUAUCAUUAUCGCUUUAAUGGCCAGUAUAGCAGUCUGGCACUCGUCACAUCCUGGCUCUUUAUUCAGCACUCUAUGAUCUAUUUCUUCCACCAUUAUGAGCUACCGGCCAUUCUCCAGCAAAUCCGAAUCCAAGAGAUGCUGCUUCAGAACCAGCAAGUGGGUCAGGGCAACCAGACAGCACUGCAGGACAAUCUCAACAACAACACCACCAACGCCGCCCCCGCCGGACAGGCCAACGCAGCCGGCCAAGACCGCCAAACCACUCCGGAUCAACCCCAGGUCGACACCCACAACGGCUCAAUAAACCUCGGCCCGUCCGUCGACCCAUCCAGCUCCGUCAGCGAUCUCGACUGGAUGGCCGAGAUAGCCAUCGGUCCCGAAGUUCUGACCAUUUCGCGCCUCAGCGGCUCACUUUUAGAACCCGGAGGAAUCCAGGAACCAACUGUGACGGAGUCGCAAACCCCAACGAGAGAAAACCAAGAGGGGAACGUCAGCAUAGCCGGCCCCUCUUCGGUAGAUAUCACAGGGAGGGGUUGCGCUCGGGGUCUAGGGCCCCCUGGUGGUGGGCGGCAGAUGGAUUCGGAAACGGACACCAUUUCCUCCCCAUUGACCUCACACACAGACUGCAAAGCAGCAGAUACAGGCAAGGGGGCCGCAGACUUAAACGGCGAGACGGGGAAGGAAAACGAAACCUCGCCGGACCCCCAUUCCGCCCCCGCCUGAGAUACCCGCUCGAUCCUCCCAUUCAGAACGAAUGAGUCUACAUCCUUUGCUCCGCAGUCUGUCUCUCUCUGUAAAUUAUUCCAAAAGGCAUCGAUAGGGAGAAACCGUGAUGGAGCUUUAUAUAAUUACAUCCUCGAAACCUCCAGCGCAAGCCUGGAAGCAGACUUCUGCCGUCUAGAGUCACGCUCUCAAGAGUAAAUGAUGACGUGUGGAGUUGUGAUCAUCUAAAGAGUGUACAUGUGAUUGAUUGUUUUUGUUUUUUAUUGAUUUAAACUUUUAAUACAGGGAGCAUUCGGCUUGCAAAUGUGAUGUAUCGCUCAUUAAUGGUACCCAAAUAUAGGCGUGCGCACGGGAGACCUGCUAUGAGUCCCAUCGCACAUUUUGGCUUUGUUUCAUUCCAUUAACGAUAGCAAUCACUCACUCCUUUAAUAAAUAACGCUGCCUACUUGUAUUCAUUCAAAUGUAUCUGUGAGCUGACUACCGACAUCAAGGUCUUGGACACUACAAGUGUGAAAUUCAGAUUAAGAUCUUGACUUCCAACAUUUGUUUAUUGGUGACACUGCUGCAAAGUAACCGGCAGUUAGUUAUUACAUCAUUUUAUCCAAAAAAUUCCCAUCUCUUAUGUGAUCCUAAUUGAAAACGUUGUGUCUCUCAUUUCUGUGGUUUCUAAUCCUCAUCAGUAGAAAUUUGUCUUGGUUUUUAAUUCAGGUCAAGCCGGGUUUGAGAAAGAAAGAGGCCGUUUGAAGAUUAUUGCCUUACGCUUCUUAAACUGAAUAUUAACCCAGUAUUUCCCUCUGAAGUACUCGAGGGUCGAUAGCCUUACUUAGAAGCUUCAAUGAGAAUACAGUCAUGCAAAGCAAUCAGCAAACGUAUGUUGUUUCUGUGACGGAUGUUUGCGAUCAAUAAAACGGAUACAGCGGAUGUAAGCGGUGUGAAGGUCAGACCCUAUUUGUGGUAUGGAUGCUCAUUGUUUCCAUCUUAGUCAAUAUUGAAGCAUCUCACCACAUCAAGGUCACUUGCUUAUUAGGAAGACCUGAUGAUAAAACAAAGUCGGUGCGUCAAGAAGUCUUCACCUAGUGCACCAACACCACUAAAAUCCUGUUUUAGGAGUUUAUUGUCAUGCAUACUCUCUUUAACUGUGGAUGAAUAAACAUUAUUGAGGAGGUUCCUUUAAAGGCUAUGCAACAAUAGGGCAAGUUAUUUUUUGAAAUUGUGCAAUAUUUUGAGGCAGAUCUAUAAAGGAUGUAAAGUUUGAAAGAGCGAUUGAUUUCAAAGAUUUUAUGAUCAGUUCCUCUUAAUUUUUUUUUUUUUUUUUUGGUGCCUAUUUGCCAUUGCGAGAGGCGAAUGAUUGUAGUGUUUAGAUUGUAAGUUGUCUAGAAAGACGGAAACUGAUUAAAAAAAGAUUUUCAGUUUUGUGAAAUACUAGAUUUCGUCUCAUCAAAUGUAUUUAACUGUAAUGUAUAAAGGCAAAUGCAUAAAGAAACUUAAUUUCCACUUAUAUGGGUAUAUGUUUUUUUGUGCGUUUCUAAAUCCUGUUUUUAAGACUAACGAAUAAAGGCACAAAUCCCAUUUAAAGUGUGAACUACUAGAUCUACAACCUAAUUUAACAUCAAAUUAAAGGAGUCAUGCACUGGCUUAUUUUAUUAUUUUGUACUGUUCUUUUUGGUCCACUUAUAAGUGGUUUUACAUGAAUAAAACCAAUAAUAAUAA